AGCUGCGCUGUAAAAGCGCGCAGUCCACUGCGCACAGCCCUCUGUCAAACUGAAGUCGACAAGAGAGAGGCUUGGUCUUCGCAUUGAGCUCCUCUGUCAUAUUCUCUACAGUAGCCAUGGCACGCGUCGAUACAUCCACAAGCAGACCCUACCACCUGGUUAUCUUUGGAGCCACCGGCUUCACGGGGCAGUUCGUGGUGGAGGAAGUAGCGCGGACUGUGUCUGAAGGUCCGGGUGGGAACCUGAAAUGGGCCGUGGCAGGCAGGAGCAAGCAGAAGCUGGAAAAAGUUCUGGAAAAGGCCGCCGGAGUUCUGAGUAAGCCUGAACUGAGGACAGAAGUGGACAUACUAGUUGCAGAUGUAGCAGAGGAAGACUCCCUGGCAGCCAUGUGCAAACAGGCUGUCAUUGUUCUUAACUGUGUUGGGCCUUACAGAUUCUAUGGUGAGCCGGUGGUCAAAGCUUGUGUGGAGAAUGGAGCCCACCACAUCGACAUCAGCGGAGAGCCACAGUUUCUGGAGGGCAUGCAGUUGAACUACAGCAGCCAGGCUGCUGAGAAGGGUGUGUACAUCAUCGGGAGCUGCGGGUUCGACUCCAUCCCUGCAGACAUGGGAGUUCUUUUCACCAGAGACCAGUUUAAGGGGACUUUGACAUCAGUUGAGAGUUUUCUGACCGUUGGCUCAGGACCAGAUGGUGGGUGUAUCCAUGAUGGCACAUGGCAGUCUGCCAUCUAUGGCUUUGCUGACAGUCAGAACUUGCGGAACCUCAGGAGGAAGUUUAAUCACAAACCUCUACUCCCCGUAGGACCAAAGCUGAAACCCAGGGGAGCUCUGUUCUAUAGUAAUGAGAUCCAGCAGUAUGCAAUCCCCUUCAUGGGUUCUGAUCCCUCUGUUGUCAAGCGGUCUCAGCGGUUCCUUGUAGAAGAGCAUAAGGCCACCCCGGUCCAGUACGGAGCAUAUGCUGGAGUUGGAGGUUUAGGGAACACGAUCAAGUUGAUGUUUGCUGGAAUGAUGUUCCUGCUUUUAGUCAAGUUCAGUUUUGGACGCAACCUGCUCAUCAAGUACCCAGAAUUCUUCUCUUUUGGCGCUUUCACAAAGGCCGGACCAACUAGAAAGCAGAUGGAGGGCUCAUCUUUCCAAAUGGCUUUCCAUGGAGUGGGCUACACAGAGGAGCAGGACCCCUCCCAGGACAAACCCACCACCAAGAUCCGCACUCUGGUUCAGGGACCAGAGGCUGGCUAUGUGGCCACGCCCAUCGCCAUGGUGCAGUCUGCUCUAACGAUUCUCAACGAACCUGCAGCUCUGCCCAAGAAGGGAGGAGUUUACUCUCCAGGAGCUGCUUUUUCUAAAACCACACUCGUCAACCGCCUCAACAAACAUGGCAUCCAGUUCUCUGUUAUCUAAAGCCCGCCCCCUUUCCCCUCAACGCCGUCUUUUAGGUUUCUGUUUGCACUAAUAUUCAUACUAAUAAAAGAAACAUUUCCAGCUUUAGAAAAGAAUAGGUUUUGAUAAAGAACGGUUUAGACAAACCA